GGUUGCACCAAACAACUACGAGGCGCGUCCCGAGGCUCGCGGUCGGCAGUGAUCGAGUCUCGCCCGGCGGCUGCUCCGCGAUUAUUCCCAGCAUUUCCCACCGAAUCGCGGUGCCUUUUUCUUUCAUUCGUGCGCGUGGUGUGUGCUGUGCGACAAACGAGACUAUCAGCCUCAACUCCGCCCGCCCAGUCCGUGAAAUCUGUGCACGACGUGAUGACCGCAGCGUUUUCAACGCUCUGAGUGCGACGGAACCAGCCGACGACUGACAUCUCAAAGCCACUUCCCGGGAUCAUGGCUGGCACCCAAAGAAGCCCAUGUUCUCCAGUGCGGUGGCUCUGAGGGGGGGCGCCGAGGGCGUCAACCAUCCUUCGGCCCGGGGAGACCCGGGAGCAUGAGGGAACGCACACCCUCCGCCGACGAUUCCCCGCCGAGGGCACCGCCGAUACCGUCGACGCCACCGACGCCACCGAACCCGCCCGUCAUCUCCCCAGAUACAACAUCUGCGAAGUUAUUGGGCAUUGAUCCCGGCAUAACAUUGGGACCGGUGAUCUGUCCCACGACGAGUUUGAAUCGCAGUGUGGUGCCGAAAAACAUGGUAGCGUCGAGUCACAGUCUAGAAGAACUCGGGGUGAGUCACCCGGCAAGUGCGAGCGGCGAUCGAGGAUUGUCCGAAAGCAACAGAACGGCCCAGACGGCGCUGGACAAGCGGAGCAGACUGAGCAACGUUAUAAACAACCUAAGGAAGAAGGUGCCCGAGUCGUCUUCUCAAACCCAAACCCAACAGCAACAGCAACAGCAGCAGCACCAACGUCAAGAAUCACAACAACAGCGUAACGAAAGCGACAGCGAUGGGCGCAAUAGCCUCGAGCGGAAUCUAGAAACCCUUGAAAAGUACGUGAUGACCGUUCUGAACGGCGUGAUAAAGGACGAGGCAGAAGAUGUCGCCGAGGACCGGAUUGAGGAGUCUUCAACGUCGUGUGCCGACGAUGCUAAGGACGACGAAGAGGGCUCGAAGCCGGAAAGAGACGCCGAGGAGGCGUUGGAGGGGGCCAAAAACGAGGCAGUAAACGAUCCCGUCGUUGAAGAAGAGGACUCGGAGAAGAAGCAUUCUAACGAGACCGAAGACGACAGCGAAUCCGAGAAGCUGAUGGACGCGUGCAGGGAGCUGAUGAACGACCUUCUGAACGACAUAAACAACCUGAUCGAGAGAAAAGCGCCGCCGAACCGCGACCCGGACCCGGAAGAUAACCGGGUUCAGAUCGCGUCACCGACGAGUCUUCACUGCAGUCUGCCUCUGGAGAAGGUCGCUCCGAUGCUUCGCUCCUGUCAGGACUACCAGCCCGUCACCUUUUCCCAAUCACCCCAGCGUUCGCCGUCUCGACCUUCGCCACCGAUGGUGCGUCACCUCUGCCUCUACUGCGACAGGAAGUUCCUGUCGAUAUCGCUGCGACAACGGCACGCGGAACGGGUUCAUCAGGUUGGCGGGGCAAGCCGAAGGUCGGAGAGGAACUCGCGGCGGACCGUCCAGACCUGCCAAUACUGCUCCGAGAAGGUCGUCGGUGACGCAUCCGAGACGCCCGAGUCACCCGAGGCUGUACCCUGCGAGAUCAUCGACACCCUGGACGGGCUCUUCAAACACAUGGUGCGGUACCAUCCGGACCGGUAUUACGCCUGCGUUCAGUGCUCGACGCGCUACGCUACCCGUGAAAGCCUUGCGAACCAUGCAACGGAGGCACACAACACCGUUCAGGAGCAAGAAAAGGAGGCGGUUGUGACUAGGGUGAAGGAGCAGCUCGAUGAGACGCUGGAAUCGGUGAAGAAGGAAGCCUUCGCCAGUCCCGGAAGCCCGGAUUUUGAUAGCUCGUUCUACAGCAGUGUGAGUUGCAACAUCAGGGAGAACCUUUUACACCAUCUGGAUGGUAAGCUUCAGGCAAAUUCGACCCUCGUCGUGAUCCCGGUGGUCGAGGUGAAGCCCCAGCAACAGCAGCAGCAGCAGCAGCAGAACUUUUACGAGAGCAACGCCGCCCAGAUACAGCUACCCAUAGACAUAUCGCUGACCGCUGCAACGCCUGUGUACAACAAGGAGUACUCGAACGACGGUAACGAGAACUCGAGCGAGUACGCUCAGCGGCCAGGAAAGACAAGGACCCAUCCGAGGAGGGUGUCCUUUGAGAAGUACAACUUCCCGAGGAAGUACGACGGCAAGGAACCGUGGUCGUGCUCUAUCAAGGACCUCAGCAAGUUCGACAUAUCCACUCAGCUCACACUGAGGAAGAAGCAGCAGCUAUCAGACAGCUCCGUGGGAUUGACGACCGGUGUUAGACAGGAUGGACAAACCGACAUCGAUGUUGGAACUUCGGCCGGUGAAGAGACACCGGUUGGCGAUGCUCACGACGCUCUUGGAACAGCCAGUGUACCCUCCGAGGAAUCAUCGCCAAACUCGCCGCGGUGCUCUGACCUCAAUUUACCCGAAAUCGACUCCAAGACAACUAUGUUUACAUCAGAAUUUGCCAGCUUCAUGAGGCUCAAGAGGUGGGAUGAGGUCGUUAACGGUGAUGCUGAUCACAGGAAAGUCGUCUAUGCCGAGCUCACCGGCGAGUGGUCUAGACCAAGGAUUUAUAUUUGCGGUGCCUGCGCCGAGCGUCACGUGACACUGAAGGAAAUGGAGGAACACAAAUCGUGCACCCAUCCGAACGUGUGGUGUUCGCACUUUGAGUUCGCAGGCGAUCAACGCGACCUUUACAAGCACCUUUUCUUGCCGGGUAAAGGUUCGCCGACGGCGACAGCACGGGCGGCGAUAUCGCCGGAAAAGAUAUGCACAAAGUGUUCGAAGAACUGUAAUACCCUUGCGGAAUUGCACAGGCACAUGCUGGAGUGCGCCGGCGACCAGACCUGGCUUCUCGGGCUUUUUGGUAACGGUAAAAAGAAGUGCAAAUGGCGACCGUUCGGUAGUCGAAGUCGGCGGCGAAGGCAGCGCGGCAUGAAGAGGAACAUCCAGAAUUCCCAGACCCCGAGGGCGAACACCCCCAAGGAUCGACAGGCGAACGGACCCCGCGUCCGUCCCAGUGAUCUUGUUUUGUCAUGCAUGUCCGCAGGAGAAAGUAUUCAGAAAAUGUUGGCCAACCUUCCUCCCAAGAGAGCAUCUAGAAAAGUUCUCAGAGAAGAAAACCUGGCUAGAUCGCGUCGGGAAGCAGCGCAAACCGUACAAACGCGGUCACGACCCCGAAUAUCGACGGAUGUAACAUCGUCGGCGGUUCAGUCGAGGAACAAGACGGUGCUGAAGAAUAAGCUGCUGAAGAACGCUAAAUCCUUCCAGCGCAACAGGACUAGAAUCGACAACAUAGCAGCGGCUAUCGAGAGCGUGGUAACAUGCAGAUUGGCGCAAUCAACGUCCGAGACGAAAUCAACGGUCGAGUCGGUCAAACGAGGCGAUGAGUCGGGAACGAGGAUGGCGAAAAUCCAGGCAAGAAACGUCAUGGCGGUUCUGAGCAAGAAGAAGAACGUCAAGACGAAGGUCAGCACCAUCGCAAACAUGGAGCAUCCCAGAACGAGAGGACGGCCCUUUGGAGCCGUUAGGGUUUCCAGUCGUUCAAAAGUGAACGUGGUUCCGGAAAAACCGGCCUUGAAGAGCGGCAAACCUCCUAACCCGAAGAACCAAGCGCCGCAGCAGCAAGCGGUCGGCGCUAAGCCUCCCAAGAAUUCCGGAGAGGCUGAAGAGGCUGGUGCUAUGGGGCGGAAGAAAAAGGUGAUCGACCCAGUCGCCUCGAUGCAUGCCUCGUUGAAGGCGAAACAGCAGCUCAGAACCAACGACGGAAAAUUCGCGAGGAGUCCGAAUCAUAGUUCCGACGAACUCCCGACCCAGGAACGAUACCCUCGGCGCCACACGAGCAUUCCGCGAUUCGUAAUUCCCAAAUCCAGGAUCAAGGCGACUAAGGAGGUUGGUAAAAAGAAGACCGCAAAGAUAACUGGACGCGUGCCCUCCGAUGGCGACAAGAUGCCGACCCUCGAACCGGCCGUGCCGGUCAGAGACUCCGAACUGUCAGGGCCCGAAGAAGAGCCUGAAAUACCAGGCCGCGGAAACGAGCUUCCAGUCCUUUCGCCCGCCGCCAUUGGCACCGUUCGUCGGACCUCGCGGGCCUCCGACAAAAAGGAUCCGACGACCGAAGAUCACCUUGAUCUUGACGACGUGCUCGAGAAGAGCGUGAUCGAUGUCGCCGAACUGAAGAAUAAGUAUGAGCGAGAAAAUGCUUCGCAACGGAAGGCGGAGAGCGAAAAGAAGGGUGUUCGAGGCCCGCGCAGCAAGCGAAAGACGCAAGUGGCCUUGUCUUCGUUCUCCGCGUCUUCUUCAUCGCUGACGCGGGUUAAAGAGAAAAAGAACUUGCCCAAGAGGAGCGUGAGUGUUCAGGACGGUUACAGGGGUGCGCAAAAGAAGCCGGCACAGACGCUCGUCGAAUCGAAGGAAAUCAAGCAGAACCCAAGGCGAUCAGGGCGCACCUCGUCUACCAGGGAACGACGCGGGAAUGAUGCUGAAACUGCGCAGGUCCAGAAAGCGAUGGAGGCCGUCGAGGAAGGAAGAGAUAAAAACAACACGAACAAGAACCCAACGGAAUAUAAAGAGAGUCCAAGGCGCUCGGAGCGAACAUCGUCUAUCAAGGACCGCAGAGACGAGAUCGAAGGAUCGCGGGACGAACCAUCCACGACGCUAAAGAACCGGGAGAAAGCAGAAGACGCCGGUCAGAAACAGAGUCUAGUGAUGAUCACAAGUCUCAACGGAUGCAAACCGAAUCCAAGACAAUGUGGGCGAACGUCAUCAGCCAAAGAUCAUGGCGAGGAAAUCUACGCGGCUCAAAAUCAACCGAGAUCAUCAAAGAGCCGGGAUAAAGUGACAGAAAUCAGAGAUGACGGAGUCUCUGCCAAGCCGCAGGGAAAAUCGGGGAGAAAAAGCGUCCAAAAAGCGACCGGUGAGAAUCACGCUGUUAAAAAACUCGCUGACCAUGAUCAGCCGAUUUCCGCAAGUGACGCGGAAGGUCCGCAUCUUCAGGGGAAACUGGACCCUGAAGAGGAGGAACACUCGGGACUGCCGAAACGCGGUAGAGGUCUCGGAAAGCGUCGAGGCCGUAUCAAAGCCCCGGAAGUCAUAGAGAAGCACACCGACGAGGACGAAGAGGCCGUGAUAGAGUCCCCGAUCAACUUGAGCCUUGAGCGGCUGCAGCGGGAAUCGAGCAACUCGAACGUCGACAGCGGCAAAGAGAACUCGUCGGAAACUCCGAUUAUGGUUCCAAAACCGCGGGCUGUUCGUCCGAAGAAGACGAAGACCGGGCGGACCGGUCGCGACCGCCCCACGAAGCGCCUCGGCAGCGUCAUCGGGAUCCUGACCGAGGGUGUAAACAUUCCCGUCGAAGCGCAGCAGAGCGUCGUUCUGACAGUGCAAACCGCCUCGGUGAACGCCGAGCCAGCCACUUCCGGAAGCCAGGUGAAACCCGAGAAAGACGCCGUUGUCGAGGACAAAGCCUCCGACGAGGAGAAGGGUCCGGUUGGCGAUGAGGCGCUUUUGGAGCUGGAAACUCGCCGUGGUAUUGAUGCGAUGACUGGCAGCGUAGAAAAGGUGGAAAGCAAGUCUGAUAAACCUCAAGACUCUAACGACCCUGAGAAAAAUCAAGUCGUCCAAGAAGCUGUGCCUUCCGGCUCUUGCGAAACUCAAGCGACGGUGGAACCUCUGAAAAAGUUGGAACCAGUGCCCGGGGAAAAAAUGACGAAUCAAGUUGAGCUUCAAGUGCCGUUCGAACCCUCGAACGAUAUAAUAAUGGAUUUGUCGCGGAGAAAACCGAAGGGUAAGGGUUCGUUCUUGGAAAAAAUCGUCUCGAAAAUAGCGAAGCAGAAGGAUGUUUUGCUCGUCGAGGGUGACGUCGGAUCUCUCCUCGACAACGCCGUCGACGAACUGACGAAUAUACUCGAUGAAGUUGCGCCCAAUCUUACGGAGAGCACGGAAAAUCUUACUACCAGCGUCAACGAUACGCAGGCUCGGAGCGACAAAGCCGCUGGUUUGAGUCUCGCUGAAAAAAGUCAGGGGGAAAGUACUCGGGUUGAAAAGGAAGACGAAGACGUGGUACCGACUUUGAGAGACCAGAGCGAAGCCAUCAAGGUUUGUACCGCAGAUUUCGUGCCCGUUGACGACGUGGGGCCAACUUUAGACGAGGAUCGAUUGAUCACGACAAGUGCCUCUGAUAAUCUAGUUAUCCAUACAUCGAAUGAACCCAAAGCCAAGGAUAACGUGAAGAAGAACGAUGACGUCACGGUGUCGAAGAAACGAGCUAUCGAAACGAGCACGCCAAAGAAAAACAAACGGAAGUCCGUCGACGCCGAGGCGAUCAACGAAGUCGACGAUCUACCAACGGACGAACUCUGCCUUGCUGAUAUAAUGAAGCUUAUACAGAAGCCGAAGACCAACGGAGAGAAGGAAAACGAGACUGUAGCCAGGCCGGGGAAACGAAAAACGGUGAGUGAAAGUGAGCCGCGGACGAAAGGGCGGACCGAGGACCUCGAGAUAUCAGCAACCGAAGACAGCGACUCGAAACGACCGAAGCGAAGAUCCUGCGUGAAGACGUCGCUGAUUGAAGAGCACUUGCCGCUGCUGAUUGACGAUUUGGAAAAAACCUACGACGAUGAUGAAACGUUUACGAAAAAUAUAAACAAAAGAAAAAACCUUCAGGACGAAGAUGCGACUGUGAUUGAGCUCGAGGCUAACCAGGUGCCGAGAUCAAAUUCUGCUCUAAACAACUGUGCCGCGAAGAGGAGAUUGAUAGAAACGAGUCGUCAAAAGACCGACGAUGGUAGUGAAUCAUCGCAGGAACCGGAGAGACGAUCUUCGAAAAGGAAAUCAUCCCUCGCUAAUGAAAAACCGGACACUUGUGCAGAAAAGGACCUCGUAAGUUCGGAGAAUGAUAAACGCGACGAGAACUCUGGAAGCAAGGCUAAAAACAUCAAACGAAUAACUGGAGAGGCUGAGGAAUCCCAGCCGGAUGCGAAGCUCGAAUUCAGCGUCAUCGAAGCUUGCGAGAAAAAGAUAGCAACGAAAAAGAGGAAGUGCAGGAGCAAAUCUGAAGAGAAAUCGAGCAGAGAUGACGAGUCGAAGAUCGAAGAAACGCUGGAAGAGUCCAAAAAGAUGAAGACGUCUCGUUCCACCCCCCAAAAAAUACCCUCGCUCGUCAACGAACAUCUUGACUUAGACGACGAGGACUCGACUGCUCUUUCCGAGGCCGAAACCCCGGCCGAUUCUCUCACCAAGGCGAAGCCCGAGUCCCCGCAAAUCUUUCACCGCCUUCGGACGCUCCGACAGAGGAAUCCAAAGCGGAAAUCCCUCGCCGAGGAUCAUCUGGAACUCUUCGACGACGAGGAGGAAGUGAACACAGAACCGUUCAAAGUACCGGGAGUGGGCGAAGCGCAUCAUUCGCGAACGCGACGGUCUUCGAAAAGGUCACUGAACGUGGCUGACACCGAGGCUUUGAUCGGUUCUGCAAACGGCGAGACGAUUUCGACGAAGAGGAAAUCGUCGGCUGAAUCGUUGAAUUCGAAAGCGGUAGAAGUUGGCCAGGAUUUAGAAACGGCGAUAAUCAACCGGACUCCGAAGUCGAACACACCAAUCGAAACUGAGACUCCAGAUGAAACGGCGAACUCCGAGAAUGCCGAGAGUCUCGAACCAUCCUUGAUUAAGGAGCACCUCGAUCUGUCCGACAAAAACGAGGAGGAAGUGCCGAUCGAUGAUCCCGAGGAAAGCGAUGGGAAGCUCAACGAGUCGAUACUGGUUUCGGAAACGGACGUGACGACAGAAAUAUCAGCGGAAGACGACCAGCUGCAGCAGAUCCCGAAGAAACGAGGAACGGCCAACUUUGCUGUGGGUCACACGAAGAAUGGGGAAAUAUUGAUAGUCGAGAAGAAAAAAAAGCUUACCAAGGAGGCGGCUCGGUUCUUUUGUGAGGUGUGCGCGACGAGUUUCACGCGUAAGAGUUCGCUGAAGAAGCACAACUUGUCUCAGUCGCAUCUCGUCCAGAUCGCGAAGUCGGAAAAAAAUUCUGAGAUCGAAAUUGCCCAAGGCGAAGAAGCGGCGGAGAAGGAGGAUCCCGAGGAUGAGGAUCGAACCCGGGAUUACUGGGGCUCGGAGGAUAGUCUCGACGACGUUGACGAAACGCCGGUUGUCGAUCCAUUGGGUUCGAAUCCCGACGACACGGCGCUUCAUCGGGCACCGAGAAACCCGCUCACGCCGCAGAUAUCCGAAGAGGAAGCCCUAGAGGAGGAACUGCUCGACGAGGAGAUAUGCAAGAUAACGGAAAACAUGACUCACGACGAUUUUGUCCUGACUGAUCACAUCAGCCCGGAACCUGAUACGGCGGUCAGCGUUACCGCGAAGAGCAAAAACCUGAAGAAAGAUGAGCUACCGGCCCUCGACGCGCAGAAAGCGAAAAAGCGCAGGAACCUCGCCGAGGAACAUCUCGACCUUGACUCGCCAAGCCCACAACCGAAGCUCAACAAGGAAACUGAUCUCGAGCCCUCGCCGCCGGAAAGCCCGAUUUUCGGAACAGACACUCCGUGUAAAAGUGUCUCUAGGACGGAAAACUUGUCCCUGGAGUUCCGGAGGCCGGGUUCCGACCCCGAGGAGUCCGAUUUAGCCGAGAAAACGAAGGAAGCAUCGCCGGGCAGUUUGCAGAAGACCGACGGCACGGAUUUACCCGCUGUAAAACAUCCGCUCGUCAGUAUUCCUGUCAAGAUUCAACGAGACGUUCUCGCUUCCUCCAACCUCAACAUUGACGACGAUUCAUCAUCGGAUCGACCGCUGGCCGAGAUUUUAUCUAAGAGCAGGAAUUCCCAACUCUCCGAAGUUUUCAACCAGAAAGUGGAAGAACUCUCCGUGUCUUCAAAGACGAAAAAGUCCACCGACACGCAUCUCGGACUCGUUAACGCCACCGAGAAGCCGAACGGAUCAAAGAGCCGGAAAGCUGCGGCGGAAUUCGAGAGCGACGAGAGCGCAAUCAACACCGAGGUUUCGGUGGAUGUCAGAAAACUGUUAAAAAACCAGGAAGUGAGCGAUUCGAAGCCGGGGGAGAGCCAGCGGGAAGUGAGCCCGUCGAACGAUAAAUUUGAAAAUGAAAAGCCGUCGGUGAGGAAGGUUCACCCUCGAAAAUCGAGGUCGGUGAGACCAAAGCGGAGACGAAACGUGACCCCGAGUUCCGGCAGCGAAUCGAGCGAGGCUGAGAACAUGUCGUCGGAUUCGAGGAACAAGAACAAGAUCGUUAAGAGCGUGUUCGGGCGGGUCUUCGGCGGUGAGAAGUCUGAAAAGGUCCAGGACAAGGUGAAGGAAGUCUUGGACGACUGGGAUUCUCGUUCGGACGACGACGCCAGGAGACGCGGAGCGUCGCUGUCGUCGGAGGACUCGAAAAAGCGGCGGAAUCGCUCUAGGGCGAAAACUAGGGAGGACGAGAAACGCGCGAACGGUGAAUCACGGGUCAGUCGUCGGAGCAAGAAACGGGCCGAAGAGCGGAUAUCCAAGGCUUUCGAGGAGGAGGCAGUCUCCGUCGGCAAUCAGAAUGGCCUCUCCGAAAACGGGCACGAGGAGCUGGUGGAAACGACCAAGGAGGAGCGCGCCGCUAAACCAGGUGUUGACGAGUGGCCCAUCUUUGGCACCAAAUCUGAGAUUUCGGACACCAAACAACCCCUAGGAACCGGUGACGAGCGCAACGUUGUUUCCGAGGCGGAGAAUUCGAUGAACCGGGCAUCGCUUCCGGAAUGGGCGUCGCUACUUCCAUCGCCGUCACCACCCUCGUCACCGGCGCAGAGUAGCGUGGCCCCGAGCAGCGUCAGGAACCGUUCGCCGACUCCGGACCGCAAUUCACAGUCUUCCGAUUCAUCGGAGUCGGAGGACGACGGGCCGCGAUGCAGACUCUCGCCGCUCUAUAUUAGAAACACCCCCGACACGUCGAUGGACAGCGUUGCCUCCGACGCGAAUGGAGAUUUUGUCGCCGAUGAUAAGGCCCAGAAAAAAUUACCGCUCGUCGAUACGCCGGUUGUGAAACUCGCCGAGGAACACCAGGUCGUUACCAUCGCUCCGACCGACGCCCUCGAGGACAACGCCAUCGACGUUCCUCGACCCGCGCUCAUCCAUGCUGCCGCCUCUCUGCAGAAGCCCCGCCAAGUGAAGGUCCUCAAUUGCGACGAGAAGUUGUUCGUCGAGUGCUGCUCAAGGCUUAAAACCUCCGAGAACGAACUCCGGGGCGCCAAGAAAAUACAGCUUGAUCACUCCGAUGCUUACAGAAAAAAAGACACCGUCGAUGGAUCCGGGUUUAGGAGCAUCUGCGACAGGUUCAGAGAUGCAGAGAGUCAGAACAGCCUUGGCAGUCUGCUUGAGUCCGUGAAUCAGCUACUCGGUGAGGAAAGAUACGCGAACAAUGAAAAGGACUACUCGAAACAUGCGACGCACCAUCGGCGAAGUGAGAAUUCUAGUCGCUCCGUAAGCCCGGAUCUCGAAGCGUCCUGCAUCUUGCCCGACAACCUUGGCUACGAGGACAGUCUCGACGUCGCCUUCGAGCAUAACAACAAAUUGCGGGACAAGAUACAACAGCGAAUGCGGGAAAGCGAGAAUCUGAUCGCCAGCUCGUUUCCACGCGAGGCUAACAACCCGACAACCCGUCAUCCUUCUCAUGGCGACUUGAAUUCGCCCCAUGGAGUUGCUCAUCCAGCUUCAACCGUUCACGCGGAUGAACCGAGGAUCGCUUCCUGUGUCGCCAAGGGCCUAGACGAUCAUCAUCAUCAUCAUACCUCAAAAAAUGCUUCCCUUGAAUCCGCAGGCUUCAAGCAAAAGAUGACAUCCACCCUGGGUGGACUUCUUGACAAACUCGCGCUUUCCAAUCUGCUUCACGACACCACCAAACACGAUCACAAUGGUUCGACGCCGAUGACGGUAUUGGCAGAGCUGGCCUGCGCCCGGGCACCGUCGGCAACAAAGAUUGGUGAACUGGAGCCAAAAGUACUGGACAGCAUGCCGACGGAUCGGAAAGAUAUCCCCAUCCGUAGGAUACGGAACCCAAUAAAAGAGUUAUUCGAGCGUAAAAAAGAGCUGAACGAUCGUAACCAAAGCGACAGAACAAGAGCCGUUGUGGUGGCGGUUGCAGCGCUCAAGGAACUGAACGUCCAUCGGCACCGUAACAAGAACACGACGACAGCGAAGAAAGCGAGGAGGCAACAGCGUUCGCAGGAAUUUCCGUUGGUACGGAAAAGUCCCUACAGUGGAAUGGCCGAGAAGAAAAAGCGCAGGGAUAUUUCGUCGGAAAAAAAGGAGCCGCUGGUUAUCCGUAGUGACAAGGUCAAGGACGUCUACGAUUUCGACGACGAGGAGAGCCAGGCGGAAGUCGCGAUGCCCAGCGUCGUCUCGUUCCGGAGCAAAGUCACGCCUCUGGAGGUUGACGUCGCCAGCCUAGCCUCAAAGGCCAUCGUCCAGACCCUCGACAACGGUAAGGAGGCGGACAUCCUGGGCCGCAGACUCGAGUCGAUGAUCGACCGGAAGUUCAAGGAAGUAGAGAAGUCCGCGCCGAAGACCAAAGGCGCUCUCAAAGCCUUCCAGAACGACCGAGGCGCCCCAAAAGACGCCGAGAUCGAUCCCGGGACGAAAAAAGCCAAGGAGCCGAGUGACGUGAAACUGGAAGACCAAGCCGCGGGCCCAAUGGACGAUUUUGUGCAGCGCGGUAAGCAGGGCUCGAAGCGUAACAGUGAGUUUAGGAAGAGGUCGAAGUCCAAAAAACGGGGUAAAACAUCGCGGAAGAAAUCGCGGCCCUCGGCAUGGUACGAAAAUGAUAGUUCGGACGAAUUCAUAACAGCUGCGAAGACCGAGGACGUCGGUGUUGGGAUAUCGAAGAGCCAGAGAACCUGCUCGAAAGGUAAGCAAAAUCUGUUCGCCGAGUUGUCGUCGACCUCGUCAGAGAGCGAGGAGGAGGUAGAGCUUGAUUAUGACUGUGGAUCAACGGAUGUGUUACCCGACGAAAUCGACGCUGCAGAAGAACCGACGCGCGACAAAUCACCCAAUGAUCGUCUUUGUCAGCAAACGGAAGAACACAACACCAGAAAUUAUUCCGAGACAAAGAAAUCCGAGUCUGAAAUGUCCGAUCAUCCGCUCGUUAUCGACGAGAGACGAGAAAGCGACGAAGAGAGCAAUGCCAGAAAUAAUUACGAACCUUCGUUUGAAAUGGAUGACCUUUACAGAGAAGACAGCUCCGACGAGGGAGAUGCUGAGUGCCCCGUGUUCGAGGAGGUGGACAAAGUGGUCGAGGAUAAUUCCGAGGUCCUGCCGAAGUCGAAGUUCCUCAAGGAGGAUGAACUGAUCCCUCUUGAGGAGGCUCUCGAUCUUCUUGACCAACCGGGAACGCUCGAAGAGUCAACGAGUCGGUCUAAGGAUAAAGGAAAGAAAUUUUUAACAGACAGAGAAACCGAGGGGGAUAACAUUAGUGUUGCAAAAGGUGAAGAGCUCGUUGAAAAUUACGCCGGGAGUCCGACGAAUGAGAAAAUCGAUGAGGACGAGACGGUUCAGCUACCAGAGAAACUGCCCGGCAAUGAGAAGCCAGAGAAAGCCUCGGACAAUCUACCGCUUCACGUGUUCCUAAGCAGAAAGGUGCAGGAGUCGAAGAAGCGGAAACAGCAACACCUCAAGAAACUCCAAGAGGAGCAAGAGCGGAUUUUGUUGGAGCUACAGCCGACUAGGAGGCAGAGGAAAUGCGCCAUCGGCAAGCAAGGAUUGCUAGCGGAGAUCAGCAGCUCUUCGUCCGACGAGGGUGGUAGCGGUUUGAGGAAGUAUCACGACAAGGACAGGUCUUCGGAUACGUCGGAGAAACCGCGACGGCAGAAACGCGAGUCGAGGGAAAAGCGGAAGGAAAGAUACAUCGAGAAGAAACACGAGCAGAUAAUAGCCAAGGAGCAGAAGGCGAUACAGGAAGAGAUCCUGCGAGAGCUUGGAAAGAAGAAAGAUGGGAGAACGACCUCGGUAAUGGAUUCCGUAAAGUCAUUCGAGGGCGACGAGUUUGAUCAGGACGAAAUCAAAGAAGGAGCUGAGAGUAAAAUGAGCCCGAAAAAGCAGAAGAAGCAAAAGCCCCAAAGAGCUGGCAGUGUCUUGGGUGAUUCGAUGGAAAAAACUGCGGACACCACCAGAGAGAAAACGUGCAUCAACGAGUCGCCAUCCAAAACAAAGAAGCAGUCGAAACCUGAUCAAAAAUCACCGAAAAAGACGUCGAGCUCGUCUAGCAGGAGCAAAAAACAUUCAACCGGUGGCAAGUCGGCGGCUGAAUUCAACGGCAAGGAAACAAAGGACAGCAAGGAUCGGAGGUCAUCGGGAAUGAAACGGGACUCGACCGACGAAGAGCUGCGUACGACCAAAUCCUGGAACAAGGUUGAGGAAGGUGUUGGCGUCGCCAUCGGCCGCAGGAAACGUGCUGCAGCCAAUCAGCUUUAUUACUGGUCGAGCUCGAGCGACGAGGAAGAGGAAAUCGUCGAAGAGCCUCUGGCCAACGCUGAGGAGGAAGAUGACCGUCAGGAGCAGCACGGCUGGAUUGUCGGCGAUUCUCAUAAGAGAAUGAUAACGAUGCUCGCCAUGGAGAAGCAGCUCAAGGAGAAACGGAGACGCAGUGAGGACGAGUUUGAGCCCAACAAGGCAAAGAAUAAAAAGCACAGGAAUAGCACGUCCUGAUACAAUUACGACGACUGAAUUUCAUUACCAAGCGAAACUGUAGUUUCAUUAACACUAUUAUUAUUGUUAUUAUUAUCAUUAUUUUUUAUUUCUUGUUAGUUUCCGCUCGAAUGUAGAGAACCGAUGUACGGUAACGCAUAAUUAGCUUUUUAUUUUGAUGUGAGUUCGAGUUUUUCUCCUUUUUUUUUUUCUGUACAAUUUCAUUAGCAGCGUUUCGUUACUUUCAAUCAUUGCCAAUGCUCAUACCGCUAGAACGUAUCUUAGGUAAUUUAUAAUAAAAGCUGGUUACAUUGGCCAAUGAAAACGUAACUGCGAAUAAAACGUGGAUAGACUUGUAAGAAACGAAUAAACCCGAAUAAGACAUUUGUUUCCAGUUUGAGGAUAGUGAAAAUAAAUAUAAAAUAUCAAAAAGUGAAUAAGAUAACUUGUAAUAUAUGGCGUGACGGUAAAAUAAAAAAUCUAAAAAAACUCCCUGUACAAUAUGCAACACGUACAUUCAUAUAUACAUACAUACAUGCAUACAUACAUACAUACUUAUAUAAUAUACAUAUAUUCAUUCAGCUGAGAUAUAUUUUACACUGGAUCUUCAUUGAUCUAAAUUACGAAUAUAUAGUGAUUAAAUUUGAGCCAAACACGUUUCAUAACAGAGCAUCAGAGAGAAAGAAUUGUGUUGUAUACAUGUAUACAUAUAUAAAUGCUAUGAAUAUAUCGCUUACAAUUAGACUGAAUGUACGAAACAUUAGUUGGACUUAGCAGACACGUGAAGGCACUUAUAGACAAUACUGCAGAAAUUGGUUUAAUCAUGAUAAAUAACAGGUGUGGUUACUAGUUAGAAAUAUUAUAAAUGUAUGAUAAAUGGAUUAUUUUUGACGGACAGCGCGCAACAGGGGUCCAAUCAACUAUAGCGUUUUGGCCAGCUUUUCGUGAUUGCUACAUAUCGCAACUUGAGUAACAUUUGAAAAAAAAGGAGAGAAAAUAAAAACGGAUUAUACAAAUGAAAACGAGAAUGAUGAAGAAAACGUUAAAAAAAAAAUUAUAUAGAUUUAAGACAUAUACAUACAUAUAUUAUAAAUGUAUGUAUGAAUAGAAAAUAUUACAUGAAAACGAGAAUAAUGAAGAAUACGUUAAAAAAAAGUUAUAUAGAUUUAAGACAUAUACAUACAUGUAUUAUAAAUGUAUGUAUGAACAGAAAAUAUUACAUGAAAAUGAAUAAUGAAGAGAAAGAAAAGUUAGGUCAAUUUCAUUCAGAGAGUACGGGUAUGUGUCUGAAUAUUCCAAAUAAAUGCUUACAUUUAAACCAAUUAUUAUUGAUGCACGAGAAUAUUUAAGGCUUUACUUUCUGUUUGUGUUCAAAUUAAUAGAUCUCACAACGUGGCCACACGUGCCGGGUUAAAUUAUGUUUUCUUAAAUAUAAUUGUUUAUUAUUUCGUUUACUUCGAGCACAUCCUCAAUGGGAUUGUGGAUAAUGAUGGCGGUGAUCGUGGGUAUAGUAACUAUUCAGAUUUUCGUAUUUACAAUUAGUAUAAAAUCACAAUAAGUAUAUGUAUGUAUAACAUGAAGAUAUAUGAUAGACUUUAUUGUAAAUGUACUGCCAUAACCAUAUUAUAAUUAUACGGAAGCCUAUAAUGAUAGUUAAUUCCUGUAAAAAUAAAAUAAUAGCACAAAAACAUUGACAAAAAAAAGAAAAGAACUAAAAGAAAGAAAAAAAAACUAGGUACAUCCGAUGUAAAUAGAGCAUAUUUUCAAUGU